AUGCUCAACCUAGAGCAGGAAAUUGGAGCCUGGGAUUCUGUCCUGCUUGAACCCUUAACCGAAGACUCCUUUGUAGGAAAUUUGCAACAGCGUUUUAAGAGAGACCACAUCUAUACUUACAUAGGAAAUGUGCUCAUCUCAGUUAAUCCCUAUAAAAAACUUGCCCUUUAUUCUGCUGAUCUCGUCGAGGCCUAUGUUAAAAGAGGACCAUUCCAGCUGCCACCUCACAUAUAUGGCAUUGCUGGUACAGCUUAUAGAUGGCUAAAUGACCGAAAUGAGGAUCAAUGCAUAAUUGUAACAGGGGAGAGUGGAUCUGGAAAAACAGAAGCUGCUAGAAUAGUUUUACAGUUCCUAGUUUUAGUAUCUGGUGAUAGUCCUGAAACUAAAAUUGUGAAGGACCGUUUAGUUCAAGCUAAUACACUUUUAGAAGCUUUUGGAAAUGCCAGAACUGUGAAAAAUGAUAACGCCUCAAGAUUUGGAAAAUUCCUAGAUAUUGAAUUCAAUUUCAGAGGAGAUCCUAUAGGUGGCCACCUUAAACAUUGCAAGAAUUACCAGUCUCGCAUCAUCAGACAGAAAUUUUCACAUCUUUUACCAACUUUUGUCAGGAGCUGA